AUGGGACUGCGCAAAUUGGCAGCUAUGAUCAGUACAGUCAAUGAUUAUGCUAUUUUAAAAUGGCCAAUAAUAAUUAUUUGUUUUUCUAUAACACUUUUAUCUUUCAUACUUUUAUUAAGUUUUACUUCGGAUAAAUGGUAUUCAUAUGAUUUAAUUGAUGUUCGUCAUACAAUAGUACACCCAAAUAAAACGACGCAAUUUACUGAUCUACUUGAAUAUGGUUCAUUUGGUUUAUGGUUUAUUUGUAUUCAUAAAUAUAAAGAUCAAAUAAUUAAAUGUGAUACAUGGACACAAGAAACUCGACCUCAAUAUUUUAAUGUUAUUCUUAUAUUAUUAACAUGUACAUUAUAUCUUGCUUAUUUAGCAAUUUUUCCAUGUUGGGCUUUAUUAAUACUUAUACUUUAUAAUACAAAUAAUCGUUAUAUGAUAUAUAUCAAUGCUUUUAUUUGGAUUGCCCUACUAUUUUUUUUAUUUAUUACAGUUAUUCUUGCAGCAAUAUUGAUAAUUAAUUCAUUAACAAAAAUGCAUUCACCAGGAAGAUUUUUUAUUGAUACAUUCUACAUUUCAUUUCAUUCCAGUCGAGGAAUACAUUAUUUAAUUUUAGCAACAACAUUAGCCAGCAUUUGUUUUCUAUUAAGCGUUGUAACAUUAAUAUGGAAAACAUUUAUUGAAAUGAAAAUAAUCGAAUUAGAAGGUGAACUUCUUAAACAAUUAUCUGAUGAAAAUUUUCAGCCAAUUUGGAAUAGACCUAUUCCGAUACCAAGUACUACAACAGAGUUUGGUGAUAAUUAUGAAGAACCUCCACCAUAUAACUUAUAUUAUGAACCAAACAAUUAA